AGACGUAUCAUUCCGCGGAUUUUUUCUGAACAAAAAGGGCGAGUCUGGACUGGACCUACUAGAAUGAGGUGAAGGCGGAAGAAGACCGUGCGAACCUGCUAUUCGGUCGAAGGAUUCGUUGUCACUGAUUACUCAGAGCUGUUGCUGCAGAUCAACAAGCAGGUCCGUGCCUGUGACCCAGAAUGGCGAAGAAGAGUGCUGUGAAGCCUGAUGAGGGUUUGAUGAUGAUGCAGGAGCUUGAUGAUCGAUUAAAAGAGCAGAUUGACAAGCUGGAACAUGCUCGUCUUGGUGCCUUUGAGCUGAGGGACAACUUAUCUGCAACUAACAAUGAUCUGAGCCAGUGCAUUACCGACCACCUGGAUUGGCUGAAGCAUUUGUCUGAGCGAGUGGAAACUCUCCAUGUGAACACAACAAUUUUUCUUCAGAUGAAUCCAAAACCUCGCGCGUGGCCAUCGAGACACGAUUCCAGACGCAGCUAUCGUUUUGGACGUUCCCACCAGGCUGACGAUGUCCUGUCUGAGUUUGGCUGGUCCCCUAAUCGCACGCGGCGUAACAGCGAUGCUGCUUCAGAACUGUCCUGUAACUGGUGACCACAAACCUGCAACAGCAAAGAAGUAAUAAAGAAAAAAAAUACAGUGUGGCAAUAUGA